UAAACAGCGGAGCGGAGCUGCUUCGUCCCCUCUCAGCUGAGGCGCGCUUCAGUUUCCAGCGUCGGGAAGGACCCGGGACCCGCUGCCGCCACUCCGUCUGUAUGUCGACCGUCAGAUUAAUUUGGGAUUAAAAAUGGUCAUCAGGGUUUACGUCGCCUCCUCAAGUGGAUCCAUCGCGGUGAAGAAGCAUCAGCAGUCGGUGGUGGGUUUCCUGGAGGCAAAUCGCAUCAGCUUCCAGGAAGUAGACAUCACCAUGCUGGAGGAGCAGAGGCUCUGGAUGUACCGCAACAUCCCCAAAGACAAGCUGCCGGAGAAAGGCAACCCACUCCCUCCACAGAUCUUCAAUGGGGAUCGCUAUUGUGGAGACUAUGAAGCCUUCUUCCAGUCGAAGGAGAACAACACUGUGUUUGCAUUCCUCGGGCUCAGUUCUCAACAGUCUGUGAAAGAUUCUGAGUCAUAAAUCUGUUUCAUCCAGGAAAUCUUUCAGCAUGAGGUGAAAGCUGGCACCUGAUCCUGUGCUGCAGCACCUCCGGUGAAAUGAUCCUCCCUCUACGGCGCCAGCAUUUUGCCAAACAGUCAUCAACGUGGAUACUUCCUCAUCCAACUUUAAGAAGAAAAAAAAAAAAACUGCUUAAACAACAAUUCACCAUUACUUUGUCUUCUGGGAAUCAGUCGCAGAGGAA